AUCAUAGCAACUCCAAAAAAAACAAAAAAGCAGACAGCUGGCAUGUGAGGUGCAGGGCAGAAAAAUAGUCGUAACGUUAGAUUUAUAUCUAGAAUUGUAUUUUAAACGAAUUUGAGAUAGGACGGAAUAUUCUAUUGUUUCAUGCGGAUAGGUUUUCACAUAUUUACAGAAAGAGAGUAGGACAUAUGUCCAUAGAUUUUCAACACAUAAACUUCGAGAAAAUUGGCGCGCGCGUUAUUUUUGUCCAGUUUUAGCUGGCACAUUUUGACCAUAGCUGUAAGGACCGGAACCUUUUUUCUUAAUCUGCCGCUGCUGCAGCACGGAGCCUAAUAACUUGAGGAAAAGCCCAACUCGCAUCAAAACAUAGAUAGGUAGUUGCAUGCACUUUGGCUUUAUGGUAUAAAGCUAGGAACAUGUUUAAAAAUACUUUUCAGAGUGGGUUUUUAUCGAUUUUGUACAGCAUUGGAAGCAAACCUCUGCAAAUAUGGGACAAGAAGGUGAGAAACGGUCACAUUAAAAGAAUAACAGACAAUGACAUCCAGUCUUUGGUUCUUGAAGUUGAAGGAACCAAUGUCAGCACAACUUAUAUAACAUGUCCAGCGGAUCCCAAAAAGACACUAGGCAUCAAACUCCCCUUUUUGGUUAUGAUCAUCAAGAACUUGAAGAAAUAUUUCACCUUUGAAGUUCAGGUCUUAGAUGACAAAAAUGUGAGGCGGAGAUUUCGGGCGAGUAACUACCAGAGUACCACCCGAGUAAAGCCCUUCAUCUGCACUAUGCCCAUGCGACUGGACGACGGCUGGAACCAGAUCCAGUUUAACCUCUCAGACUUCACCAGAAGGGCAUACGGUACCAACUACAUAGAGACGCUUCGUGUACAGAUUCACGCCAACUGCCGAAUCAGAAGAGUGUACUUCUCUGACAGGCUGUACUCUGAGGAUGAACUUCCAGCUGAAUUUAAACUUUACUUGCCUGUACAGAACAAGGCAAAGCAGUAGAGCAGCCGAUCCCGCUCCUCCAUUCCAGACGUUCACUGUACUGGUGUUAUUUCCUCCAAAACCCAGCUGGAGGUUCUAGUGCUUUUUGUUUUCAUUUUUACUUUAUUUGAUAUUAUUGUUAUUAUUAUGGAACCAUGUGAUUGUCCCACCCGUUUCCUAAUGCCUUGCUCUCUGCACAAAUAAAACCCUUUUAUAGGCACUGUA